UCUUAGACUAAAUCUAGAUUCUACUAGAUCUAGGUUUUCUAGAUUCGAUUAUAGAUCUAGAGUCUAGUUUCUAUAUUUCUAGAUUUAUAAAGUUUAACGAUAAUAAAGAAAUGUAUCUACUAGUGGAUCUAAAUAGAUUUAUAAUAAAAUUAGAAAACAAUUACAGUUGUAUUUAGACCAAUUUUUUUUUAGAUGUUUAGAGAAACUAAAUUGCAUCUAAAUUAGAUUGGAAAUUGUGAUAAGAAUCUGGCCAUUACAGCAUAAAAAUCUGACUACAAAAACAAAUACGGUAAUGACAAUGUGUAAAAUUUUGUGACGUUGAUCAAGGCGUCAAGAAAUAUUUGUACGCAAGGUUGAAACCCAGACUCUAACUAGCAUUGAUUUAAACCCAGACACUAUCCGGCAUGGAUCAAAAUCCAGAAACUUACUAGCAGUGUCUGAAAAACCAGAAACUAAUUAUUUGUGGUUAAAGUGUAGAAAGCAGCCUGCAAGGAUGGAAGACAUGGAAGAAUAUUGCUCUCUUGAUAUGAGCUGUGAAAUAAAAAUGGAGAUGGAGGAAAAUGAGGAAACAGAAGAAGUAUCACAUAAGUUAUCAGACAUGACAGAAGACUUUACUUUCGAGGAUCUAAACCAUUGGCAAGACAGGAAAAAUUUUCUUGAUCAAAGAAAUGCAAUCACGAAUGAAGAAAUUGUUAAUCAUAUUUUUUUAGCACCGGAAUCUAAAGAAUCAAUACAGUCAUCCAUUGAUGAUCCGGAAUUACAUGUAACGUUUGCUCUUCCAAAAAUAAAAAAGGAAAGAUCAGAAGAUGCGGCUGAAGAUUCUGAUAUAGGAAACUAUAUUCACAAGCAAUCCAGAAAGCAAGUAAGAGGAAACAAAAGAUGCAAAAAUGGAUAUGCUAGAAAAGGCAAAGGUAGAAAUGUGCAACGCUUUAAUGAAGAAAAUGAUUCUGUUCCGAAAAAUCAAUCCUUACGCAAAAAUGCAAAGAAAUUUGAAUGUCGUAUAUGUGGGAAAAAAUUGUCUUCUGCUGCAACAUUAAAGAAACAUCAACUGCUACAUACUGAGGCAAAGGCAUUGAAAUAUCCAGCACGUCAGAAAGCAUCAUCUCAAACUUCAUAUAGAAAAAAACAAAAGUUGGCUCAAAGUUUGAAACAAACAAUUAAAAGCCAUUCUAGACCCAAGGCUCAAACUGCUGUAAAAUCAUUCCAAUGUUCAAUUUGCAAGAAAACUUUGUCUAGUGCUUUUAAUUUAAAAUUGCACCAGAUAGUCCACACUGGUAUAAAAUUGUUAAAAUGUCAGAUUUGUCUGAAAGCUUUUUCAACUCCUUCAGAUUUAAAAAGACAUCUGCUGGUACAUACUGGUGAAAGACCAUUUAAAUGUCAACUCUGUGAGAAAUCUUAUUACAGUUCCUCUCAUUUAAAAGCACACCAAUAUGUUCAUACUGGGGAAAAAGCAUUUCAGUGUCUGCUAUGUCCUAAAGCAUUUAUUUCUAGUUCACUUUUAAGGAGACACCAGUCAGUGCAUGCUGGUGACAAAGAUUUGAAAUGUCAAGUAUGUCUGGAAAUAUUUCCUUCGUCUUUAUGUUUAAAAACACACCAGCUGAUGCAUACCGGGGCCAAAGUGUUUAAAUGUGAAACCUGUAUGAAAACAUUUUUCACCUCUUCAGAAUUGAGACGGCACCUGCUUAUCCAUACUGGAGAAAAACCAUUUCAUUGUCCAGAUUGCCAGAAAGGUUUUACUUCUUCUUCAGAUUUAAAAAGACAUCAACUGGUCCAUACUGGUAUCAAACCAUUUAAGUGUCAACUAUGUGAUAAAGCUUAUUUUUGCUCUUCACAUUUGAAAACUCACCAGCUAGUCCAUACUGGUGAGAAACCCUAUAAAUGUGAACUCUGUGAAAAAGCAUACCCCUCUUCUUCACUUUUGAAAAGACAUCAGACAGUCCAUAAUGGUGACAAAUCUUUUAAAUGUGAAAUAUGCGAGAAAACCUAUUCAUCCGCAUCCUAUUUAAAAUCACAUCAGCUCAAUCAUAUUGGUGAGAAUCCUUAUAAAUGUGAAAUGUGUCAGAAAGGAUUCUCUUCCAUUUCUUAUCUAAGAGUACACCAGCGUUUCCAUAAGGAUGAAGAAAAAUUCAAAUGCCAAAUUUGCCAGAAGCCAUAUUUUUCCAAUUCACAAUUAAAACGACACCAGUUGGUCCAUACAGGUGAAAAGCCAUUUCAAUGUCAAAUAUGUCAGAAAUCUUUUGCUUCCUCAUCAUAUUUAAAAGUUCACCAAUUUCUUCAUGCUGACGAAAAGAAAUUUAAAUGCCAAUUGUGCACAAAAACAUUUUUAACUUCUGCGGAAGUAAAAAGACAUGAGCUAGUUCAUACUGGAGAAAAACCAUUUAAAUGUCAGAUAUGUACAAAAGCAUAUAAUUCUGUUUCACUACUCAAAAGACAUCAAAUGGUCCAUACAGGUGAAAAACCAUUUAAAUGUGAUAUAUGUCAGAGGGCAUUUAUGUACACUUCAUGUUUAAAAACACACCUGCUAGUUCAUACAAGUAAUAAAGACAACUAAGUGUCCAUUAUGCCAUGUUCUAAUGCUCUGGAUCAGUGCUUCUCAAACUUAGGAGUGCAGCCCCAGGUGGGAGGGGUCAAUGAAAGUUUCAUGGAACAAAAUAAAAAAUGUAGUUGACCAAGUAAAAUGAUUUUAAAUUUCAUCUUCUAAGUAGGACCUUUCAAAAUGUAGAAUGUUUUCCCCAGAGGCCUCUGCAACAAUAUCAACUCCAAAAAGUUUUUUUUAAGACAUUUCUCAACUUACUUUGUCAGAAUGAUUGUUAGGUUGAUGACUUUUAUGUAAAAAAAAACAACCUGCAACUACAUGCAUGCUUGACAUUAAUUUACUCUUAGAUGAUCAUGCCCAUUACAGACAUAUUUUUAUUUACCUCGUAAUAGUAUUGGACCAUGCUGCCCUUUAUUAGACUUAAAUUGGCAAGCAUGUUCACUUUACAUCCCUAUUUAAUAAUUGCCUUUUUUUUUUUACUUGAACUCUUCCUGCAAUGAUUAAAAAGUAUUACUAAAAGUAUUUUGUAGAUAGGAAGAGGAUGAAUUUCUGAAGCUCAUGGUGCAGCCUGCUGGACCCUACUUACUGGAUUCUAUUUCUAAGGGAGGACAAUGCUGCCUCUCCAAUACAAUCUCCAGAAAGAGUUUUACUUAGUAGAAAGCACUGUCAACAAAACUCAUUUUCUGAUUAGAAAAAGAAAAAAUUGCCACAGUUGUAAUGAACAUUCAGUACAUUUGGAUUCCAAACAUAUUUUAAAUGUGCAAAGACAAACAGUAAAAAGUUGUAUUAUAAUUAUAAGUCUUUAAAUUGUUUUUCAUUUUUAUCUUAAAAACCCUCCUAUAACCUAAAUCUAUUUAAUGGCAUUAUUAUGUUGGAGGGUUCAGAUGACUAGACCAGUAUCUGAGAUGAACUGUGCCAGUGGUUUCCAAGCUCUCCAAAUAGUUUUUCUUCUAUAGGGGUGUCAUAUGUUCUGGAAGCUGAAAACUGGAACUAGUGAAAUUUGCCCUUGUGGAGUGUCACCAUGUCCUUCAAAACUGCAUUCUUUAUCAAGAGGCCCCAAGAAGACACUGGCCCCAUAACACCCCUAUAACAGUCAAGACAAAACAUUAGAAGAAAAGUACUGAAAUGUAAUCUUAGCAGCUGUUGUUAACCCAUUCGCAUUUUCAUAAUAAUUUUCAAUUAACAUAGCAAGUUAUUAAAUGCAUCCUUGCCAUGAGAUGAAAUUUAGCACUAAAGAGUUGUUUUUUUUUUACUUUUGAUGUGGUCAGCACAAUUUGUACUUUUCUUUGACUACUUUGUCUGCUAUUUCAGUCAGUUAUCAAGUUUGACCACUUACUAAAGCAAAUACCCAUGUGACAGUACUAUGAGCCUUUCAUUGUUGAGAUUUUAAAAAGGAUUAUGUAACUUUUUAUGAUUGUUUAAUUACACACAUUUUCCUAAACUGUUUUCUAUUAUGCAUCAGGUAAUUGUAAAAGUAAUCUCAUUCUUAGAAAAUUCUUCUAUAUUUACACAUUUCUAAAUACAUUUGAGCAAACUUAAAAGAACACAGUUUCCUGGCAUGUUACAACAGUUCUGAGUCAAAUUUGGAAUCUGCACACUUGAUUUAGUAAAUAACUUUUUUUAUUUUUACAUAAAAUCAGAAGUAAAUCUUGUCUGUCAAAAUUGAUAUUGUUCAUUACAUUUAACAUUAUAGCACACAAAAUAUGUGUUCAAACCAGUUUCAAUUCAAUAUUGCAUGCUUAUGAUGAAGUAGCAGAUUCCACUUGUAUAUUUUAGAAAUGUACAUGGUCAGUGUGUAUACCACACUAUACAAACAAAAUGGUAGAUACAAUACUAGCAUGUUUUCCAAAGUCUCAAUGCUGUCCAUUGUAUUAUCAAAUAUCUACAGAAGGCCAUCCAUUAUUAUAAAUUAUAUUAUUGCAUGCCAUUAUAUGUAUAUAUUUAUUUGUAUACCACUGUUCUAUAAAUCAUCUUUGAAAAAUGUCAAUGUUUUUGUCUAAAAAUUGAUGUUAAUUUAUUAGACAUGUUAUCAACAUAUAAUUCUUGUUAAUAUCUUCAAAAUGUGCACAUGAAACUUCUUUAUAAAUAAAGAGCAGACAUGAUUGUGAAACUUCUUUAUUAAUAAAGAGCAGACAUGAUUGUUAAACUUCUUUAUAUAUAAAGAGCAGACAUGAUUGUAGGAGCAAAUGUCAAGAUCACAUUUAACAUCAAUCCUGUUGAUUCUCAGAUUUCAGAGCAUGAGGUUGUAACCAAUUCCAACAACAUUGUUACUACAAACAAAAUGUCUGGCAAAAAUGGAAUCUCUUCGAUAAUGUGACACUUUCCAGAAAUAUCAGUCUGUUAUUCAAAUGGAAGGCUCACCUUUAGUUAUUUUCCAAUCUGAGUAGUUUAUCUUAUUUGUAUCUAGGUCACUAUUUCUGAAUUUGAACAAAACUAUCAAAUUGUAUUCAAAGUAAGCUGCUCAUCAUAUUGUAGUGCAGACAUUCUUUUGUGUUCAACAUAUAAUUCAGAUAUUCAUUGUGUAUUUGUACUUGUGUAUAGUCAGUGUUGUCAGAGGCAUUUCUUUAGUUUACAACUGAAACAGUUUACAAUGGAAACAUUACUUGAUGCCAGGUUACAACUUCAUCACUCAUUUGUCAAGUCUUGAUUGGCAGUUGUUUUUUAUUUCUUUCUCUAGACUCUGGUCUUUUUUGUUUUCAUCAAUAUCAUAUUAUAAUCAUUUUAUCUCCAAACAUUUUCUUCACUUAAAAAACAAUAGUCCAAAUCUACAUAAUUAUUGCAUGUUUACUUUGCUAUGUCAAGUUAUAUUUCAUGAUCUUGUAGUGUGGUUAUGUUGUUCAGUUGACUGUAUAGUCUUGGACUAAUGUGUAGACACAAAUACAUUGUCUCUGGCAUGAACUUUGAAUGUUCUCUAGAGUCAUCAAACAAAAAUGUCCUUUAUGAUUGUUUGCAGUUGUUUCCCUUGUCUUGGGUUUUCUUGUGUAUUUCUGUACUGGCUAUACUUAUCUAAAUUUGCUUCAUAAUAUACAAUCUUUUUAUUUGUAUACUGGUUACGCAUGCUUGAGAAUAUCUGAUGUCUAGGUCAGAUCACUGCUUUGGAUGUUCUGUUGUUUUCUAUAUUGAAAAACUGUAUUUAAGUGUUGAGAGUUGUCCCUCUGGGAAUAGUUAGUAACUAAAUAAUUCAGACUGAUUUUUUAUAUCUAAACACUUCCUUCACACUAUAUCUAGUAGCAUAUGGGUUCAAUUCUCCAGUGUUAAAGCUGGCAUUGAGUCUUUUUUCCUUUACAAUAAAAUGCUAAUUCAUUAGCUUCUAUUUUCAUUUCCUUUUGUAUAGAUUUUAUUUCUGUAUUCUUUAUGAGACUGAGGACUUGAUCAAAUGAAUACAUGAUCAACCAAACAAUAGAAGUGCACUUUAGAAAAAAAAAAAACAGCAAUUCACAUUUCAGUGAUAUCAUUCAAUUGUUACUAGUGAUUGGGAUAUUGUUAUCUAAUUUGAAGUUAUACAUAUAGAUAUAUAUAGUAUACAUAGAUGCAACUUUUAAAAACAUGCAGCAUUGUUUGUUUUUACUUUGUGUACACAUAGCAGACGACAAAUCUCACUGCAAUUCACCAAAUGAUGCUCUAAAAAAGCUUGCACAUUAGUAGGCUUCAUAACAUAAGGAUGUUAUCUUUAUAUUGAGAACUACAAUUGUGAACUAUUAAAAAAAUAUAAAUGUAUAAUAAUGUUCCUAUUAAUGCAACAUGAAUGCAAUAUUUAGACAUUAUUUACAUAUAUACACAAGAUAGGUAUGAUAGUAACAAUGGUACAUAUUAGAACAAUUUUAUUAUAAAACAUUUAUUAACAAAAAAUGUGAAAUUAUAACAGUUCACAAACAUAACUUAUUAAUUCAUUUUGUCUUAUAAUAAAUUUUAAAUAUAACUGGUUUUGUAUGAACUAAAGAACUACACUAAAACAUAUUUGUAUUUAAGCCAAACACAUUUUGUGUUUUCUAGCCUCGCAUCUGGGAAAUUGUCGUCUUCCCGGAACUUGUUCCUGCAGUCAGACUGAAGUCAUUCAUGAAACAUUUGUUCAUACAUUGAAAAUAUGUUUUGACGUUGCUGUUGUGGUUUUCUUGUAAUACAUUGAAGGUCUAUUCGUGAUGAUUAGAGUUCUGUGUUGUUGUUUUUUAAAUAAAACAUUUAAAUCUA